UGUCUGCUGUUGCAUUGCCGGUCGCUGUCUCAUUUCGCCACAAAAUUUUAGUAGUUCCUGUGGAAUUAAAGCGCAAUGUAUUAAAUUAGUGAAUAGUGUGCUAUUGGAACAUUCGCUUGCUACUAAUAAGUUCGAAGAUAGGGCAACGCGACGGAAGAAAACAUGCCCAACUUGUAGAGUCGUGCUAGAUAAAGUAAACACACUAAAGAGUGCUUUGUUCAUAUUUAUUAAGUUAAUGUUAAGUAAUUCGCUUCAAUUAGCCGCACGUAACUCGCCAUUUAACCAGUCUAGCAGUACUUAAUCAAAUUUAUAUUAUUUGCGCAUUACUUUAAUAUAAACACAAUAACGAACAAAUAAAAUAAGAUGACGUCGCCAAAAGAUGUGCGGCAACGUAAGGCUAGAAAUUCAGCCGAAAUUUAGUGACUUACAGAAGGCAUAAGCAAUAGCAUAAAUUGUGGUUUUAACAGGUUUUAGCGGCUUAGCUUUCCAUGACAUGGGAUAAACUAUUAGAAACCUUUGCACUUUCAGAGGUAUAUUCGUAGUUUUUCGGGAUCAAGAGGAUAUACUAGUUCAUAUCUCAAUUGUUGCUUGUCGCUUAAAUUGCAAAUACAAAGACUUUUCAUUAAAAUAUUUUUUUUGUAAUACUAACCUAAUUUAAAAUAUAUUGUAUAGGUUAUUUGCCUUUUAAUAUCUAUAUAAAUGCAUAUAUAUUUGCUAAGUUCAGCGAUGCUGUUAAGUAAUUAGCAGUUCUAUCGUUACAAAUACCUACAAGCUAUUUAGUGUUUGAUCAAAGUUUAUUUUUCUAUAUAUAAAAUUGCACGUUUGAUGCCAAGUUUAAUGACAUUAUUGUAGUGCGUUUGUUGGUGAUUAAAAAAAAAAACAAAUAGUGACGGGAAGUUUUGUUGUGGUCAGGGCUCAUUUAUCAUGAAUAGAUUUAAAUUAUGUUUUAUUUUUUUCUAACUCCACUCUUUUGUCAGCUGCAUAAAAAAAAAAUAGAGACUUUGCGUUCUACGAAUAUAAAAGCAUAAAAACCAAGAAAUAAUUUAAAAUUAAUCUAAGUUUAAUAAUGUAAUAUAUUUAAUUUACUGUACACUUCCAAGUACAAUAUUGCAAUAUGAUAAGAAAAAGUUAAUUUACAAAGCUUUUCCAACAAGAUGUCUGAAAAUACCGACAUACUACAUUUGCUAUUUCAUAAUGUGCUUGCAAAAUAUAUAAUCACUAUUGCCGUAGUUCUUAAUGCUAAUUAUACGAAUACACACUUCACUGAUAAGAGAGAGAUAUGUAAUAAAUUCUAUUGUAAAAUUUUAAAAUUCGGUGAUCUUAGAUAAGAUAAUAAUUUGUGAAUGUUUUUAAAAUGAUAACAAAAUGCUUGUCGUUGAAUUGAUGCACAGGUAAAUCUUGAACUCUUACUAGUAAAAUGACAUUUCAAAAUAUUUGCUCUUUUUACAAAAAAUAUUAUUUAAAUUAUUAAUUAAAGAAUAUGUUUAAAUAAAAUUAAAAAAUUAGCAAAACAAAUACAGAAGUUCUUUAAAAUAAAUAUUUUCUAACAGUAAUAUAAAAAAAAAUCUAUAUAUUUAUUUGAACAAUAUUUUAGUAUUACCCCAUUGUAUUAACUUUACCGAUAUGUAUUUAUUUUAAUAUUCAAAAAAUAGCAAAGUAAAUUCACAAGUUUUUUUAAUUAUAUAUUUCGUUACAUAAAUAUGUUAUAUAAAAUAUUUAAUAUUAUAUAUAUAAUUUAUUAGAUUAAUACCUAAAAAAAUAUAUAAUAAAAUAUGUAGGAAAUAUUACGAUAUGCGGCUUAUCGUUUACUUAUAUUCUACAAUACGAUAUACGUGCUGAAGUGCUCAGCUGGUUUUCGAUAACAUCAUUGUACUUGUUUUUCACACGUCCUUCUUUUACGACAACAAAUUAUUUUUGACAUUUCGGUUUGCCGCAUUUACAACAAUUAUACUAAAACCUAGACAGUCUUUUACAAAGUAAAACUUUAUAUUUAUACAGCCGUUUGGCUUAAUUUAAGUUUAUUUAGACCAUAAAACGCAACAACAUGUUUAACUAAAUUUAGUAUAAUGAUGUUUGAAUACCAAUUGUUGAACACAAAUGAUGACCAAGCAGGUGGUGCUGCUACCAUUCGACGAAAAUCUAGCAGUUCCAACGGUGGUGGGUCGAAGGGGUUACCUAGAGGACUAAAGCUUUCAUUUCUUUGUCUAGUGUUGUCAGCUACAUUUCUGCUAUUCUUUUUCGGUGUGUACGUGGACUCCACCAGCCCAUUUUUGGUACGCUUGGCAUCGAAACUAGGUUAUACACGCAAUCAGUUUGCAGUUAUCAUCGACGCUGGUUCGACCGGUAGUCGCGUUUUGGCAUACAAAUUUGAUAGAAGCUUCAUUGACAACAAGCUGGUCUUAUCUGAGGAGCUUUUCAAAGAACGCAAGCCGGGACUCUCGUCUUUUGCGGAAAAUCCAUCUCAAGGUGCACAUUCCAUUAAACUGCUACUUGAUGACGCUAAAGUGUUUGUACCCAAGGAAAAAUGGUCAACAACGCCUUUAGUGCUUAAAGCAACAGCCGGCUUGAGGCUACUGCCACAACACAAAGCCAAAAAUCUCUUAAAUGCCGUGCGUGAACUUUUCGAAAAGUCGGGUUUUAGCGUUGAGCCAGACGCAGUAGAGAUUAUGGAUGGAACUGACGAAGGAAUUUUUUCGUGGUUUACAGUUAACUUUUUGCUUGGCCGCCUUUCCAAAAUCAAUCAAGCUGCUGCUUUGGAUUUGGGUGGCGGUAGUACUCAAGUCACAUUUGCACCUACCGACCCCGAUCAGUUACCGCUCUACGAAAAAUAUAUGCACGAAGUGAAUACAUUGAAUCGGCAAAUUGCUGUUUUUACGCACAGCUAUUUAGGGUUAGGUUUGAUGGCGGCGCGUCACUCAGUAUUUACAAAGGGUUACAGUAAGGAUGAGAAUAAUGUGGAAUCUGUAUGUGUUAAUCCGAUAAUUAGCAAUCGUACAUGGACUUACUCGAAUAUAGAAUAUAAAGUGAGUGGCAAACCGAAUCCGAAAUCUACUACUGAAGAGCCGAUCGUAGACUUUGAACAAUGCUUAGAGGCAGUCAAAACUCAAGUUUUGCCAUUGGUUGAACCGAAACCCUUCACAUUGAAGCAACAUACGGUGGCGGCUUUUAGUUAUUAUUUCGAACGUGCCAUAGAAUCUGGGCUUAUUGAUCCGUUCCAAGGCGGUGAGAUAACAGUGUCUGCUUACCGCAAAAAGGCGGAAGAAAUAUGCAGCAUUGCGAACGACGAACAGCCUUUUAUGUGUUUCGAUUUGACUUUUAUUUCGGUUCUGUUGCGUGAAGGCUACGGAUUGGGUGAUAGUAAGAAAAUAAAGCUUUAUAAAAAAAUCGAUGGACAUGAAAUUUCAUGGGCGCUGGGCUGUGCGUACAAUGUUUUGACCAGCGAUGACAAAUACAAUUCCUAAAUCUAAAUUACAAUAAUGAAAAUAUCGCAAACACAUCCAAAAAGUAUACAUAUAAAAAUUUUUACAUAGUAAUAAUGAAUUGGUAGUAUAAAAAUUAAAAGUGCUUUGUAGAACGUAACUAGGAACCCAAUAUUUCUAAAGCCAGUGCAGCGGCGGCUGUCGGUAGACAUGUGCAAAUACUCGAGGCUAUUUAGGACUUAGCGGUAAUAAUUGUAUGUUGUAGCUAAACGCCUUAGUGCCUUAGUAAACUAAAAUGUUGUAACUUUUAUUUUAAUGCGAUAAUCUUAACGUAUUAUACUAGUUUGACUUUAAUUGAUUUUUUUGUGAAUAAUUGGGAUGUACUUGUGUCUAACUUAUCAUAGUUUUUAAUCUUUUAACACUAUGUGUUGGUAUUGAGUUUAUCAAUUUGUGUUAGAUAGUCGUCCUAAAUGUUAUAAUGUAUCGUGUAUAUAAAACAAACAAUUUUUUUAAACCUAUAUGACUGUAGUAGUAUAUUGUUUAAAUUGUGUAAAUAUAAAAAAAAUUGCAAUUUGUUGCAAAUGACGAUCUAAUGCUGUACUGUACUUUAUUAAAUAAUAAUAACUUAAUUAAUAAAAAUUUAAAUGAAUUAUAAACGCUCUUGCUGUCUAAAAUUUAUUUUGGCAUGUAGUUAUCGCUAAACAAUACUUCGAUUGCUGUGACAUGCAACGGAACUUAUAAUGUUGUUGUUUAUUGUGUAUGAUCAUGAUGUGUGGAUUCUUGUGUAAACAAUAUUUAAUAUGUGAAAUGCGUCUACUAUGAAAAUAUUUUGUGUGUAAAAUAUGUGUAAGAGUGAAAACAAGUAGAAAAGGCAUUACGUGUUUUCAUUAAAUAUAUUAUUUAUUAUUGUACAUUUUAUCGCUUAUUUAACACAAAGGUCUUUAAUUCUGCUUUCUUAUUUUAUCUUGACUAUUACAUUUACUAACUGUGGUUGAGUGUAAACAAAUAAAAAUAAAAAAAAUACACA